UUAGUGGUAUUUUUCAUAUUCGUUGGUAUUUACUAUUUUGUGUCUUUAUACUAGAUGAUUGUUAAUGUUGUAAUGUGCAUAACACAUGAGUUUUGCGAUUGGUGAUUUACACCUACAAAAAUACUUUCGUAUUUCACAUGAAGAAAGUACGCUUCGAGUCUCCUUUAAAGUCGUAUAAAAUUUUGGAAAUGAAUGAAACCGAGUGUCAUUUUCCUCGGCCCUUCAUUGAAAGGCAAGUAAGCUCUGCGCCGAGUUUACCUGCGUGUGAGAACUUUCGAGUUGUGCCAUACAACUCUGAUCCAGUUCACAGGUAUGAGUAUGGAAACUCCUCACCGUUUCCUAAUGUGUGCAAAAUGCAAGUGGAUAAUGUUACCGAAUUAAAAAGUAGUAUAGCACCCACCAGUGACUUAGAACUUAGCAUCCUUGAUGCUUCAAACUCAAGGAAUCAUAACAUGUCGCAUACACCACAUCUAGUGCAGCAAAAAAUGAGUUCUAGAAAGCCACUUAGUGAAGUAAAUAAACAAUUUAGUGAUAAUACUAAUGAAGGAUUUAUUCCCAAUGUUUUAAAUAAGACUGAUGACUUCUUUUUGAGGAAAGAAAAUUUAAACAAAAUUAAUUCCCAAGACAAUUUUUAUAGCCAUCUUAAUAAGCUCAGUUUGAAUAAGGAGAAUUCACCACAGACCAAGAAAAUGGAGUUAAUUAAUAAAUUAAGGCAUGAAUCUCAGAUUCCUCGCGAGAAAAAGGCUCUUUCAUAUAAUCAAAACCAAAUAGUGAACUGUUGCCAAUUGCAACAUCAAAGUUGUAGGCAGUCUUCAACUCCACCGAGGUUGUAUAGAAAUCAAUGUGUUCAAAAUGUUAGUCCAUGUUGUCCACCAAACAUGGUUAAAUACCACAGCCCACCAUGUCUUUGUCAGAAACAAACUUGCUGUAGCCAAAUUCCACCAAAGUCACCAUCAAAAGAUAACUUUGUAGACAAACGAAAUUGGGCUGUAGAGAAAUUAGACCAAGCAAACAAAGAGUGCUCCUCAAUCAACAGUCUUGAUGACAACGUCAAAAGAGAGCCGACAGUAUCAGAUUUGUUUAAAAUCAUCAAAAUGCAGAAUGAGCAACUACAAAUGUUGCAGCAAAAAGUUGAUAAGUUAAUUACUGAAAAACAAGAAACGAAACCUGUCACUCAGUACAUAACAUCUCAUGUGGCACUACAAGCUGUGGAGGAACAAAAGAUGUCAAUUGGUGUAAUGACUAGUUUCGAAAUGGUCCGUACAUCUACAAUCAUUAACAAGGAAAUAGUACAAAAUGAAGCACAAAUCCAAUGCAACAGAUCUCAAAUAAGCAUCAAAGAAGUUGUAUCGAAAACUCAACCAAAGGAUAUGAAUUUUUUGGAUGGUAUACCAACUAGAAACGAAAUGAAGGCAAAAGGUGUAGAUGUUGAAGAGGGUAGUAAAAAUGCGACGAAGGAUACAGAAUGUGGUGUGUGUGAUGACAAUAAAACAUAUAAUGAAUUAAGUUUGUACAAUGUACAAGUAGACAAUGCGACUACUCCCAACAUGUCACCAGAACAAAGCCUCUAUUUAGAUGUUAGGGACUAUAGCGACUCAGAUUCAGGCAGCGACGAACAUUCAAAUGUUGGUUGGACAUAUUAUAACCAAGUCAUGACUCAUGUCAAUGGCUUACUACAUGAAUCUGACAUGCCGUCUUCGGCGAGUGCAUUGUUCAGAAACACAAGACAGAAGUGUCUGCAAAUGCAGAUUGACAAGACAAAUGUUAGUGUUGCUAAGAGGGUUACAUUUGGUGAUGAUCCUCUUGGGAUGCAACAACAGAACCUGAAUGCCGCUCUAACAGAUACGAGUAUGAAAAUGAACCAACUUGCUGCCAAAUAUUUGAAGAGCCGGCCAGUUUUUACGAAGUCACCUUCUCCAAAACCUUUGACGAAUGGUCCAAAUGAAAUGUCAUAUGCCACGAGAAAUUAUAUGGAGAAACAUAAGCUUUUGCAAGGUCCUCAAGCUUAUAAACCAGAGCUACCGAAAUUCCUAGACAUCACAGCUUUAAAGCAGCAACCGAAGUUGGUAUGAUCAAUGACUGAUAUUUAUUUGUAUUUCAUUUUUAAAUGAAUUUGUUUUAGAUUUAGAUAAUAUAUUGCUAUUAAGUA